UAGCGAGGGCUAGGUGAGGAGGAAAGAAGAGGGAGCCGGGAUCCAGGAGGGGGCAACUCAGUCCCGCUUCUCCGACAUCGGAGUGUCCUAGCUCUCCCAAACGCUAGCCUCAGAGAAUGGAACUACACCUCCCAGCAGGCUGCGAGGCGAACCAGUAACGGAGGGAGGGGAAUGUUUGCUAUGAAACCUGCUGGGAUUGGUAGUUCUCGACCCUCUACGGACGUGAGCAGCUUGGCAUAUACCUUCAGAAUCAAGAAGUCCCCAAGCCCCCUUCUCCCUCGGGGACUCAGAAGUCUGAGGGCCCCGCCCCCUUCUCUCUUAGCCUCAAGAGUUCACACCCCCAGCCCCCUUCUCCGAAAACUCAAGAGUCCAGGCCCCCAGCCCCUCCUCCCUUAGACCCAAGAAUCCGGAUCCCUAGCCUUCUCCUCUCCCAGGAUCAAGGUGUCUUCCUUCUCAUCCCUCUUCUCCAUCUGGAGACUUAAGCGUCUGGGCCCCCAGACCCCCAACUCCCGUAAAGGACCUGGGAAUGUAGACCCUCAGCCCCUUCCCUCUUUGGGGACUCACAAGUCCUGGCCCCCUCCUCAUUCGGGGACUAGGAAUUUGGGUCCCCAGCCUCUACUUCCCGCUGAACCCUGGAGCCCAUCCUCCAGCUCCCUCUCUCACAGGUGCCCCCAUGGCAGGCUCGGAAGAACUGGGGCUCCGAGAGGACACGCUGAGGGUCCUAGCUGCCUUCCUAAGUAGGGGUGAGGCUGCGGGGUCUCCCAUUCCGACCCCACCCAGGAGCCCUGCCCAAGAGGAGCCAACAGACUUCCUGAGCCGCCUUCGAAGAUGUCUUCCCUGCUCCCUGGGGCGAGGAGCAGUUCCCCCUGAGUCCCCUCGGCCUUGCUCCCUGCCCCUCCGGCCAUGCUAUGGUUCAGAGCCUGGCCCAGCUACUCCAGAUUUCUAUGCCCUGGUGGCCCAGCGGCUGGAACAGCUGGUCCAAGAGCAACUGAAAUCCCCACCUAGCCCAGAAUUACAGGGUCACGUACCCACAGAGAAGGAAGCCCUGCUGCGAAAGCUGGUGGCCUUGCUGGAGGAAGAGGCAGAAGUCAUCAACCAGAAGCUGGCCUCAGACCCCGCCCUGCGGCGCAAGCUGGCCCGCCUCUCCGCUGGUUCCUUCAGCCGCCUAGUGGAGCUCUUCUCUAGCCGGGAGGGCAACCCUCGCCCAAGCCAAGCACGCCCCUCGCUGCCGUGCCCCGGGCCCCCACCGCCUUCCCCGGAGCCUCUGGCCCGCCUGGCCCUGGCCAUGGAGCUGAGCCGGCGCGUGGCCAGGCUGGGGGGCACCCUGGCCGGUCUCAGCGUAGAGCACGUGCACAGCUUUGCGCCCUGGAUCCAGGCCCACGGGGGCUGGGUCCAGGAAAGCUUCCUGGAGGAGGUGGCGGCUAAGCUGUGCCCUAACUGACGUAUAGGAGUUGGCCAGACGAAGCGGGAAAAUGGGCACGAGCUCCCUUAUUCCUCCUGGAUUUCCCACAGACUAUGAGAAGCCGCCGAACGGAUGAUGAGUGACAGUUCGUUUGAGCCAAUCGCUGGAGCCUAAAGCCCUGCCUUCUUUUCUCGUGGGCCAAUCGCCAUGUUCUCCUUGAGGCCGGCCGCUUGGCGGAGGCUGGCCAAAGGCCUCGUGACGUCACAGAUUUGAUAAACCAAUAGCAGCUAUGAAGAGGCGGGUCAUUUUGGUGAUAGACAGCUCUAUUUCAAGAUGUCCGCUUAGCGCGGGGUCCGCCGGGAAGCUUUGAAGCGGUGCUGGGGGAGUAGGGGCGGGAACUCCCUGUAGAUUUUGCCCAAUCAUCAGUCGUACUUCUUGCGACAGACAGGCAGUCUUUCCC